AUGAACUCCGUGUCGCCGGCCGCCGCGCAGUACCGGAGCGGGAGCCCGGAGCACGCGCGCCGGCCGCGGGGACCCCGAGCCCCAGACCCCAACGGCCUGGGACCCCCCGGAGCCGGCGGCCCCGCCCGCGCCUCUCCCGGGGCCGCAGCUGCGGAGCCGGACGAAGUGGACAAGUUUAAGGCCAAGUUCCUCACGGCCUGGAACAACGUCAAGUACGGUUGGGCUGUCAAAAGCCGGACCAGCUUUAGCAAGAUCUCCAGCGUGCACGUGUGCGGCCGGCGCUACCGUUUCGAGGGCGAGGGUGACAUUCAGCGCUUCCAGCGGGACUUCGUGUCCCGCCUGUGGCUCACCUACCGCCGGGAUUUCCCGCCCCUGGCGGGGGGCUGCCUCACCUCCGACUGCGGCUGGGGGUGCAUGUUACGGAGCGGCCAGAUGAUGUUGGCCCAGAGCCUGCUGCUGCACUUCCUGCCCAGGGACUGGACGUGGGCCGAGGGCCUGGGCCCUGCUGAACUGGCGGGGUCGGCUUCUCCCAGCCGGCACCGGGGGCCUGCCCGCUGGACGCCCCCACGCUGGGCCCAGGGCGCCCCAGAGCUGGAGCAGGAACGCCGGCACCGGCAGAUCGUGUCCUGGUUCGCCGACCACCCCGGGGCCCCCUUCGGCCUGCACCGCCUGGUGGAGCUGGGGCAGAACUCAGGCAAGAAGGCGGGAGACUGGUACGGGCCAUCGCUGGUGGCACACCUCCUCAGGAAGGCCGUGGAGAGCUGCUCGGAGGUCACGCGCCUGGUGGUGUACGUGUCCCAGGACUGCACAGUGUACAAGGCCGACGUGGCUCGCCUGGUGGCCAGGCCGGACCCCACAGCCGAGUGGAAGUCUGUGGUCAUCCUGGUGCCCGUGCGGCUGGGUGGCGAGACGCUCAACCCUGUGUAUGUGCCCUGCGUGAAGGAGCUCCUGCGCCUGGAGCUGUGCCUGGGCAUCAUGGGGGGCAAGCCGCGCCACUCACUGUACUUCAUCGGCUACCAGGAUGACUUCCUCCUCUACCUGGACCCCCACUACUGCCAGCCCACUGUGGACGUCAGCCAGACUGACUUCCCCCUGGAGUCUUUCCAUUGCACCUCACCUCGCAAGAUGGCCUUUGCCAAGAUGGACCCGAGCUGUACCGUGGGCUUCUACGCUGGUGGCAGGAAGGAGUUUGAGACCCUCUGCUCGGAGCUGACCAGGGUCCUCGGCUCCUCCUCCGCCACCGAGCGCUACCCCAUGUUCACCCUGGCCGAGGGCCACGCUCAGGACCACAGCGUGGACGACCUGUGCUCACAGCCGUCCCAGCCGGCGCCGCCGCCCCCGCGCGCCGGGCGCCUCAAGGCCAAACGCCCCAGCGCCGAGGACUUCGUGUUUUUAUAGGGGGGGGGGGCAGAGCGAUGC